ACACACACACACACACACACACACACACACACACACACACACACACCCCUCCUGACACCCUUCCCUACCCCUCACCCCCUCCGAAACCAAGAUGAGGUACCGAGCUGUGACAGCGCCAGUGGACAGCGCAGAUUUGGGUGCCAUUGUGGCGUUGCACUUUGCGAGCUGGCAGCGUGCGUACGUGAGCGUGUUUCCGGAGGACUACUUGGUGGACGGCGGCAAGCUGUUCCAACAGAUGCAGCGCAUGUGGCAGGAGCGGGCCGACAACUGCCUGGCAGACAGGGACAACUGGCUCCUCGUCGUUGCAGAGGACAUGGACGAGCACAGCGACGGCGACAGCGAGGAAGGGCGAGGCAUGCUGGCCGGCUUCGUCUGCGUCAACGCAACAGAGGAGCGUGAGCACGGCAUCCUGCUCGACAACCUGCACGUCAGCCCAGCAUACCAGCGCCGCGGUAUCGCCACACAGCUUGUCGGGCACGCCGCCGCCUGGGUCCUGCGGCACUACCCGGAAGAGCCCAUGCACCUCACGUGCUUGGACACCAACACCAAGGCGCGCGCGUUCUACGAGGCCAAGGGCGGGUCCCGGGGCCAGGACAUGCUGUGGGAGCCGGAGGGCGGAAAGGCAAGCCCAUGCGUCCGCUACGUCUGGAGCAGCAAGGAGCUGCCAUCGCUCGCAGGCACCCAGUGACGUUGCUUGAAUCGGAAGAUAUUUGAGGAGAAAGGGAAGAGAGUCCGAAGAGGUGCAAAGGUGAAGGAAGAGGAGAAGAGCAUGUGUAAAGGAAGAGAUGUGGGUGCUUUGCAGUGUGCGGUGAUGUGGCUUGAGUUGAUAACUUUGAGGUUUGCAGUGUGCGGUGAUGGGGCUUGAGUUGAUAGCUUUCAGUUUGGCGCUGUCUGCCGCCUUUGCCGCAGGCAAUCAACACGUUGCGAUGUUGGCUAGGAUGCGCAUGUGUUUGUGUCGGUCCGCCUGGCUGUGUCUUUCGGCGCUGCCUGAGUCUUUCAACAUAGCCUUCUGCUCAGUUUCGUCUCACGAUCACAACCAAGCCCUUUCUCUUUCUACGCCCGUCCCUCCCUUCUCCCUCCCUCAUUAUUCUCCGUCAGUGCAUCGAAUGUGUUAUCGACGUGGGUAACAGUCAUGCAUGCAUGCAUGCAAGAACAGAGGACAAACAACAAAUGGCAGGAAUGAAAUGAAA